UUCUUUUCAACAUACAUCCUGCCCUGCUCACCGAGAGACCAUCUGAAACUAAAAAGCGUCAACUUGCAAAAGUUCUGUUUGGAGAGUGGCUAAAAGAGCUGACUUCAUUUCUAGCAACUGGUGGGAUCGUCGGAACAUUAAUGAAACCUGAACCGCAGUAAUAAGUUGUUCACUUCAUCGAAACAUCAGCAGAAAUCAUGACGGCGGAGCAGCAUCAGCUGAAUUUGGACUACGGCGACUUUGACAUGAGGUUUGGUGUGAAGAAGGAGUCUGCAGCUUUGGCACCGGACCGCUCUUUUAUCCAGCAGUGCGGUGUACACGUACCAGGCUCCGUGUCCAGCACACCCAUGAGCACCCCGUGCAGCUCUGUGCCUUCAUCACCGAGCUUCAGCCCGAGUGGACAGAGGAGCGGUGCUGACGAUCUCUACUGGACCCUGAGCACGGGGGCUUAUCCACAGCACGCAGAUCCACACUGUCUUGAACUGACACCUGAGGAUGUCCGGGAAGCCUUAGGCGCCAAUCUCAUGCAUGCACACCCUCCUCAGCUCCACCAGGCAGAGAUGGAGGGAUACAGGAGCAUGGGUCAGUUCCACGCACCAAACAUGCAUCAGUAUCAUCAUCAGCAGCAGUACACCGAGCUCGGCCACAAUCCAGACUUCGCGCAAGGCAAAAGCGUGGAGCAGUUAAUGGAGCAUCUCGACUGUUCAUCUCAAGGCGCAACGCACCUAAAGUCCCAUAAUUUCCACCAGCAGACGCACCACAGGCGCAGCGAGCGCGCGGAGAGCCGCUUCUCCGACCAGCAGCUGGUGUCCAUGUCUGUGCGCGAUCUCAACCGACACCUCCGCGGCAUGAGCAAGGACGAUAUUAUCCGCCUCAAGCAGAAACGCCGUACCUUGAAAAACCGCGGGUACGCUCAGUCUUGUCGGCACAAACGCGUUCAGCAAAAACACACGCUGGAGAGCGAGAAGACGAGCCUGGCGACGCAAGUGGAGCAGCUGAAGCGCGAGCUCAACAGGCUGGUGCGCGAGAGGGACGCGUAUAAACUCAAAUGCGAGAGGCUCGUUGUCGGAAUGAACUGUCAGAGUAAAGGACCCUCUUGUGAAAAUCCAUCGUCACCUGAAUUUUUGCGAUAGUUCAGCACACAAAUAAGAUUUCUAACAUUUCUUCUU